AUGACGACCGCACCACACAUGCCGGCUAAGGCGCACAGCUCCGAUGAUGUGCACCAUCGGCCCAGAGGUAUCCUCAAGAACUCCAACUCCUUCCAAGGCGCCUCCGUCCCGAUGACAGCCACCUCUCCACCCACCGUCUCAACCAUCUCCGAACCCGAAGAGACCAAGGAAAUCACUCUUCAGAACACACUGCAAAAUGCAGGCCGUCGGAGAUCCUCCUCAACUACCCGCCCAGGCUCCAACUCACGCCGCCAGUCAUCCGCCAGCGCCGUCGACGAAAACGAACCCCGCCUAAAGUGGGACGAGGCAAACCUCUACCUCACCGAGCAAGAAAAGACAGCCAAGAUGAAGAUCGACGAGCCCAAGACCCCCUACGCUCCCCACUACGAUCCCAGCGAAGACGACGAGCAGAUGCGUCUGGACGAGGCCGAAGAAAGUUUGAUCAACGCCCAGGGUAUUGUCGUCGACGAGCUGGAGUCCGCCAAACCCUCUCACCGCAAGGGUGUCUCUGAAGACGAGAUUCCGGACUUGGAACUCGGCGAGCCCGAGGAUAAUAUGCAAGGUGUUUCAUCUGAUCCUCGUGUCUUCCGCGAUCGCAGUAUGAGUACGGAGUCUCAUAAGAGCGAGAAACACGUUCACGUUGGUGUUGAGGACGCGAACGGCUUCGACGAGUCUUCUUAUGACCCUCUUUUGACCACCGAAGAGGCGCGCGAGAAGCAUGCUCAUUUCGAGAAGCAGCGCAAGAGACAUUAUGAGAUGAGGAAUAUCAAGGAACUGCUUGCGCAUCCUGAAGAUGUGGAUGAGGAGAUGGAAGAUGAUGAUGCUGCUGAGCAAGGGCCUCCCCCGCCUGUCCCUGCCAUGCCUGAGCGUUUUCGCGGCAGUGAGCAGUAA